GCUGGCUCUGGUUUAUCCGCCGGAUCAUUCGAUUAGGCAUGGUAGCCACCUUUCUACCUAUCCACCUAUCGUCAGCUCAAGAGGCUAGCUAAAUAUCAAGGCUCGUUCUAGCUUAGACGGCUAAUCAUGCCAGACAUGCGAGAUUAGAGACUGGUGGUCAAAUUACCCGAUCAUUGCGUGAUUAUUAAUUGAGACUCAUGUUCAUUUCGUAUAAUGCAAGUGGUCGGUGUACACCGCCAGGACGAUCGGUGAUCUGCACUCUGGUCCGUCUAUCAUUUCCCAGGGUUCGUCCAUGGACGAGCCCGUCGCAAGAGAGAGUACUACAAAGUAUCAGGGAGGGCUAUUGCGACAUCUUCGCCAUAGUUGAUUUUAUCCAAAUGCAAAUAUACUACUAUCUAUUAUCAUUGUGGUAUGUAUCUCGAUAUUCAAAACAAGUCUAACCGAGAUCUCGGGCUACACAAAGAGGCUGGUCUGGCCGCGUCAGAUGGGGCCGGGCGAGGGAGAUGAAAUAUGACGGAGUGCCCCUCCCCGCUGUUGGCUGUUGGCUGCUUUGGGUUGUUUGGGUCUCGUUCCUUUCCCCUUAAAAAGCUGCCCCUCCUCCACCCCUAUCCCUAUCCCUCCUCUCCCACUCCAAUCCCCUCAAUUCCUCCUUACCGUUCCUAAUACCCUUCCCUUCAUCAUGCCUACUGGUGCAGUUCUCGUCGCCGGUGGUACCGGUUACAUCGGCUCCUUCACCACCCUCGCCCUUCUGGAGGCUGGCUACAAGGUCGUCGUCGCUGACAACCUCUACAACUCCUCCGUCGAGGCCCUGAACCGGGUCGAGGCUAUCUGCGGCAAGAAGGCCGAGUUUGUCCAGCUCGAUGUCACCGAGGAGAAUGGCUUCGACAAGGUCUUCCAGGCUCACCCCGACAUUGACAGUGUCAUUCACUUUGCUGCCCUCAAGGCUGUUGGCGAGUCCGGCGAGAAGCCCCUGGACUACUACCUGGUCAACGUCUACGGCACCAUCAACCUGCUCCGCUCCAUGGUCAAGCACAACGUCACCAACAUCGUCUUCUCCAGCUCGGCCACCGUCUACGGCGAUGCCACCCGCUUCCCCAACAUGAUCCCCAUCCCCGAGGAGUGCCCCCUGGGCCCCACCAACCCCUACGGUAACACCAAGUUCGCCGUCGAGACCGCCAUCACCGACGUGAUCAACGCUCAGCGCAACAAUGCCAUCAAGGCCGGCAACGAGGCCGAGGCCAAGAAGUGGAACGGUGCCCUGCUCCGCUACUUCAAUCCCGCCGGUGCCCACCCCUCCGGCAUCAUGGGCGAGGACCCCCAGGGCGUCCCCUACAACCUGCUCCCCCUGCUCGCCCAGGUUGCCACCGGCAAGCGCGAGAAGCUCCUCGUAUUCGGUGACGACUACGCUUCCCACGACGGCACCGCCAUCCGUGACUACAUUCACAUCCUCGACUUGGCCGACGGUCACCUCAAGGCUCUCAACUACCUGCGCGAGCAUAACCCCGGUGUCCGUGCCUGGAACUUGGGUACCGGCAAGGGCUCUACCGUCUACGAGAUGAUCAAGGCCUUCUCCGCUGCCGUCGGCCGCGACCUGCCUUACGAGGUUGCCCCCCGUCGUGCCGGUGACGUUCUCAACCUCACUGCCAACGCUACCCGUGCUACCAACGAGCUCGGCUGGAGCCCCAAGUACACUCUCGUGGACGCUUGUGAGGAUCUCUGGCGCUGGACUAAGAACAACCCCCAAGGUUACCGCCAGCAGCCCCCUGCGGAGCUGCUUGCUGCCCUGAAGAAGUAAGGGUUGACUUGGGUCGGUAGUCGCAAUGAUUCUUGGCAGAUGAGGUUGGGAUUUUAUCUUAUUUUUAAAAAGUAUCUAGUUGAGAUAUUCAUGCGUGGACAUAGAUAGUAUUUACGGUAGAAUACAUGAAACGAAUUUCCUUUUUCGCUAUAUAUUUCGGUCUUACAUUUGUGGUAAUUUGAGUAAGGGAGAU